UCUUGAGAACUUGCCGGACUUUCUGCGCGACAACACCGCUGGCUUUGUCGACGAAGUGAUGACGGCUGUUCGCGAGAAGUCUUUCCGCCCUGACUACGUCCCUCCUACUGCACCCAAGCUAUCUGCGACCGCCCCGACAUUUAACCCUCCAACGGGGCCGGCUGCUCUGAAGAACAAGGACGUCCCUAUCCCUGGACUGUCGUCAACGGGAGGGCCUCGGAAACGCACGUACAAUGAUCGAGAGCCUAGCGAGCCUCGUGAUGGCCGCGACAACCACUACGGCCGCGGGGCUGGCGGCAAUAGGACGGUCAAGCAAAUGCGCCGAGGGGGUUUCAACGGUCGAGGUGGUUUCGGAGGUUCCGACUUCCCCAUGGGAGGUAUGCCAGGACUAGGGAGCAUGCCCGCCAUGUCGAACCUGCCAAACAUGCCCAUGCUGCCCACUGCUGCACCCGGCUUUCCGCCUUUCGAUCCCAACAAUCCUAUGGCUGCUUUAAUGGCUAUGCAGGCGAUGGGCUUUCCAAUGCCAGGAAUGCCACAGAUGCCACUGGCUAGCUCUCCCCCGGGAUUUGGUCCUGCCGGUUCCCCUGGACAAAACUUGCAUGUACCCAAGAAGGAGAGGUGCAGUGACUACGACACCAAGGGCUUCUGUGCUCGCGGUAGCGUCUGCCCGUACGAGCAUGGCGUAGAUCACAUAGUCGUUCCGCCCUCGGCUGACGAAUAUGAUCCCAACAAGGCGUCACUCGCGAUUGAACCGCAGCAAGGUAUGAAUGGACGUGACUUUUUCGAGCACAGAGGUCGGGGUCGUGGACGUGGACGUGGUGACAGAGGCACGUUCACUGCGAACCGAGGCCGAGCCCCUUUCUCAUUCUCAGGUCCUUUGAAUGAUCGGUCAAGUACUACGAUUGUCGUUGAGCAAAUCCCUGAGGAGAAGUUUGAAGAACAACAAGUCCGCGAAUUCUUCUCCGAAUUCGGGAAUAUUGUGGACAUCCAGAUGCAGGCGUACAAGCGUCUUGCCAUUGUCAAGUUCGAUGAUCAUUUCGCCGCGAAAAGUGCUUACGACAGUCCAAAAGUCAUCUUUGACAAUCGCUUCGUCAAAGUGUACUGGUACAAGCCAGAUUCUGUGCCAACUCCCCCAACUCAUUCCAAUGGAGCAGCAAAAGCCAGGUCACCAGGAGGCUCCAAGUUUGACGAAGAGAUGAUUGAUGCGGAAGAAAUUCAGCGAAAACAGGCGGAGGCACAGACGUUGUACGAGGAGAAGGCAAAGAAACGCCAAGAAAUAGAAGAGAAGCGCAAAGAAGCUGAAGCGCUGAUCAAAAAAGCCGCGGAGGAAAAGAAGCGGUUGCUCGAGAAGUUGGCCGCGAAGCAAGGCACUGUUACGACUACUAAUGAUCUGUCUGACGAUGAUUCUGUCAAUGUGGAAGCCACCGGAAGUAAGCAAGACGCUCUUCAGGCGAAGCUCGCAGAACUACAGGCCGAAGCCGAAGGGCUAGGUCUAGAUCCCGAUGACGAUGCUAAACACACUGCAGUAGGCUGGCGUGGUAGGGGACGUGGCACAUACCGAGGUAGAGGAUACGGUGGACGAGGGCGAGGAUACGCUCCGUCGUAUCGCGGUCGCGGAGGCUUUACUGGCGCUCCGUACGGAGCUCGCGGAGGAGUCAAGAGACUCGACAAUCGACCUAGACGCGUCUCAGUUGCUGGUGUAGAGGCGGGAACUGCGCAGGAUGAAGCGCUUCGACAAUAUCUUCUGAACAAUUUCGACUUCGAGAGUAUCCAGCCACACCCCGAUCGUCAAGAUGCGCAAGUUGUAGUGUUCAAGGAGCGCUAUAUCGCUGAAGGGUUCAUUGGUGCUGCCUCCAAGAUUCCGAACAUCGGACACGUUGAGCUCUCCUGGGUUGCCAACCCGCCAAUCACUCUUACUACCGAAGAUCCGACGCCGUCGAAGCAAGACGAGGUUCUCGAGGACGACACAAAGAUGGAGGAGUUUGGCAAUGGUAGCACGGACUUUAGAUCUGCGGACAUGGACUACGACGUCGCAGACGAUGAGGAUCCGUGGAUGAACGCUUAGUCAUCGAGUCCAUACGCUAAGCUUUCACGACUGCAUAUGAGGGGUUUCGAUGAUGGAUGCAUGGAUCAUGGUCUUUUCUUUGGAUCUGGGCUACCUGUUCGAGGCCUUGAGAUGAGCGAAGUGAAAGUUGUUGAGCUGUACCGAUCCUUCUUGGGAUGAUUGGUACUUAUUUGGUGGGAACGGGUUCGAUCGACUUUACCAGUACCUGUUGUCAGGGUGACAUGAUUGUCGAUAUUCUGGUAAAGCUGGUGGAAUUCACUUGUAGGAUACAACUUGACGGACGAGGUCUAUAACAAGCCAGGCGUGGCUUUGGGCGUUGCCCCUUAUACCCUGAUUCAAUUCUACACACUUGUGAG